ACGCUGGAGUUUACUUCCGGCGCAUUUCUUCGGGUCAGUUUGGACGUGUGCUGCUAGCAGAAAAAUGGCCUUAGACAAGCAAAAUGAAGGAAAAAUAUUGCCUAUGGAUGAGAAUAAAGAAAAUAAAACGGAAGAUGGAAUAGGACUGGAGAUUCUCCAGAUCAUCAAGGAUUCCCAGCAACAACAUGGCUUGCGACACGGGGAUUAUCAAAGAUACAGGGGAUACUGCUCCCGGCGCUUGCGUCGUCUGCGCAAGACCCUGGGCUUCAAGUGUGGCAACAGGCACAAGUUCACUGGGAAGAAAGUGACUGUCGAGAUGCUCUCUGACAACCGGUACUCUGACAACAGGUAUCUACUGCUGGUACUGAUGGAGGCUGAGCGGGCGUGGAGCUACGCCAUGCAGCUGAAGCAGGAGGCCAACACAGAGCCCCGCAAGCGCUUCCACCUGCUGUCCCGCCUGCGGAAGGCCGCCAAACAUGGAGAGAGGCUGGAGAAGCUGUGUGAGAGCCCUCGUGUGGAUGCCAAGACCAAACUGGAAGCACAGGCCUACACCUCCUACCUGAGUGGCAUGGUGCGCUUUGAGCUGCAGGAGUGGAAGGCUGCCACCGAGGCCUUCAACAAGUGCAAGACCAUCUAUGAGAAGCUGGCCAGUGCCUUUACUGAGGAGCUGGCAGUGCUGUAUCACCAGCGUGUGGAGGAGAUCUCACCCAACAUCCGCUACUGUGCUUACAACAUAGGUGACCAGAACGCCAUGAAUGAGCUGAUGCAGAUGAGGCUGAGUGCAGGAGGAGGAGGGGGCAUGAUGGCUGAGAAACUAGAGGCCCUGAUCACACAGACGAGAGCCAAGCAGGCAGCCACCAUGAGCGAGGUGGAGUGGCGAGGCCGGACGGUGCCCGUCAAGAUCGACAAGGCCCGCAUCUUCCUGCUGGGCCUGGGAGACAACGAGGCCGCCAUCGCCCAGGCAGCCAAUGAGGAGACCAAGGAACGUCUGUACGAGACCCUACUAGCCGAGUGCAGAGACACCAUCCAGGCUGUGAGAGAGGAGCUGAAGACUGAAGCGAAGCAGCGAGAGAGAUCUGAUGAAGCCAGUGGCAAGGUGUCCAACCUGCAGUUCCUGCACAGCUACCUGACCUACAUCAAGCUGUGGACGGUGGUGAAGAGGAACGAGAGCAUGGCCCACAUGCUGCAGGCCAAGCUGAAGGAGCCGCAGACGGACGAGAACAAAAGGGGCCCUCGCCCCCAGGACCUCAUCCGUCUCUACGACAUCAUCCUCCAGAGUCUGGCAGAGCUGUCCACCCUGCAGGGGCUAGAGGAAGAUCACACGUUCCAGAAGGAGGUGGCCCUCAAGAUGCUGGUGUACAAGGCCUACAGGUGUUUCUUCAUAGCCCAGUCGUACGUGCUGGUGAAGAAGUGGAGCGAGGCUCUGGUCCUGUAUGAACGGGUCCUGAAGUACGCCAAGGAGGUCCAGUCCAAGGCUAAGAGCCUCAACAACAGCCUCAAGGAUCUGCCUGAUGUGCAGGAGCUGAUCACAGAGGUCAACGCUGAGAAAUACUCGCUUCAGGCGGCAGCCAUCUUAGACACGGAGGAUGCUCCUGAAGCACCCGCUCGGCAGAAGGUGAAAGACAACACGCCUCUGUGCGAGCGCCUGGAAACCUUCCACCUGGACCCCACCCUGGUGGGGAAGCAGCCCAACCUGGUCCAGUUUCCCCCUGACUUCCAGCCAAUCCCCUGUAAGCCCCUCUUCUUUGACCUGGCACUCAACCACGUGGCCUUCCCACCCCUCGACGACAAGGUGGAGCAGAAGGGCAAGGGCGGCCUGACCGGCUACAUCAAGGGAAUCUUCGGCUUCGGCAGCUAAAUCGAGUCCCAGGCUUUGGUGAGGCCUUCAGGUUGGAAGCAGCCAGAUAUUGAUAAACAGGCUGAGUGUUUCUAGAAAACUGUCAUCCAUCUGAACUGUGGAAACAAUGUCUGUCUGGAAAUGGCACCCUGUUUCCUUAUGUAGUAGACAAUUUGGUCAAAAGUAGUGCACUGCGUAGGGUAUAGAGCGUCAUUUCAAAAGCUACCAGUUUGAGACUUCAUGUUCUAGAGGUUUCCUGCCUUGUUUGUUCCCUUCAACAACCCCCAACACACUUUACAGAAGGAAACAAACCCAAUUGACUUAUCUUGAAUUAUUUUCAUUUUCAACUCUUAAAAGCUCUUUCACGUACCCAGUCUCAAUGUCAGUAUACAGGAGGGAGGGAGAGUAAGUGUUGUAUCAAUCACUAUCAAACAGGAGAAACCGUAUAAAUGCAGCCCACAGGGUAAAUCCACGACCGAGCCGUGAUGUCUCAUAACACAUUAAUUUCUGAUCGUGGUCAUGCUGUCAAAAUUCUAUCACCUCUGUAUUGCCUCAAAUUUCUUAUGACUUUAAUAUCUAGAUUGUGAGACAAGUUCUCAAUUUAGAGAAUAAAUGAUCUGUCUGUCUUGUCCUGCAUGCUAUUGUGGCACCAAUACAGCUCUGCAUGGAUGACAGUUAAAGUUAGACUAGACAUCAGGAUUGAAAUGGUCCUGUUAAUUUCCUUAUACAACAAUGGGGUUCAGUGGCCAGUGACUUUAUAUUCGGUACAGGAACGGACUCUAACAUGUGUUUAUAUUCUCUAAUGAUAUGACUUUUUAAAACAUUUAUGUAAGUUCUGUGUGUGACAAGACAGAAUGACCUUUGAGGUCAAAGGUGACUGCUUAGGAUUCCUUUUCGACUCACCCCCGAAAGCUUGAGGCAGCAUUCAUGAACUUCUGUCAAAAACAACCCUAGUAUGUCUAGAAAUACAGUAUUUUAGUACACACUACUUCAUUGUAUCAGUUGGCUCCUAUUCCAACAGGUUUUAAAUGGGAGAAAGGGUGCCGCUCCCUGAGUGCCUAACACCUCUUUAGCUUUUCCAGUACCGAAGCCAGUUCUGUAAUCAAGAGUCUUUAGCUAUUCAAUGGACCUCGCAUUUGCUUAUGAUGACUAACUGUGUUCUCCACUACAGGUUAUCAAUUUACCUUCUGUCUUCUCUUCAAUCUAACUCUUUGUUUUCUCUUUAAUUCGGGGUGAUAUCGUUCUUGUACGUUUUAUUUCAAUGCUUUUUUUGUUUCCCCAAUGUGGUCAUGUGUUAAUAAACAGGAUUUGGGUUAGAUGCGUUUUGGAAUGGUUUCACGCAUCGUCACCCAAGAUGCCCGAAAAAA